AUGGAGGACUUGAAGGCCGCCACUCAUGUUGAGCACAAGCUCGCCGUGCCGUCACAGUCCUUGGGGGAGAACACCAUCGGAAUUGAAGACGAAGUUCUUUUCCAGAUGGCUGAGCAGAUUCCGGACUUUGCCAACCUCAUCGAGAAGGCCCGUCGCGCGUCCAAUUUUGAACAUCACUUGACCAACUGGGAUGCAUUCAAGCAAUUUCCAAAAGCGGUUUUUUUCUCGUUUGUUUUGUCCCUUGCCAUCAUCAUGGAGGGAUACGACACCUCUUUGCUCGGCUCAUUUUACGCUUAUCCGACCUUUCAGAAGCGAUUUGGUGUUCCAUCCAAGGAAGGUGGCUAUCAGGUCACAUCCAAUUGGCAAACCGGCCUGCAGAACGGAACUAAUGUCGGACAAAUUCUGGGCCUUCUUAUCGCCGGUAUUAUUGCGGAUCGAUGGGGUUACAAGAAGACCAUGCUUGGCGCCUUGAUCUCGCUUAUCGGCUUUAUUUUCAUCAUGGUCUUCGCCAAAGAUAUCGGAAUGUUAUUCGCCGGGGAGGUUCUCUGUGGAAUCCCUUGGGGUGCUUUCCAAAUCUUGACAACUACCUACGCCGCCGAGGUUAGCCCUAUCAUUCUUCGUCCAUACCUCACCACUUAUGUCAACUUGUGUUGGGUCACUGGUCAAUUCAUCUCGACUGGAAUUCUGCGAGGUCUCCUAGGUCGCACCGACGAAUGGGGGUGGCGAAUUCCUUAUGCUAUUCAAUGGAUCUGGCCCGUUCCAAUCAUCAUUGGCGUUCUUUUCGCCCCUGAAUCCCCUUGGUGGUUGGUUCGUCACGGCAAACUCGAGGAUGCAAAGCGGUCACUGUCUAAAUUAUCCCGGCCUGGUGACUCUAAGUACGAUAUCGAUGACGCCCUUGCUCUUAUGAUCAUAACCGAUACUCACGAAAAGCUAACCCGUGAGGGUGUCUCUUACGGGGAUUGUUUUAAAGGAGUUGAUAGGCGACGUACCGAGAUCGUCUGCUUUGUCUGGUGUUGUCAAGUUUUUUGUGGGAUCUGGUAUGGAGGCAAUAUAGUCUAUUUUCUCCAGCAGAUAAACUUCACCAAUAAUCAAUCAUUUGACUUUGGUCUUGGGGUCAAUGCCAUCGGGUGGUGCGGCACGGUCUGUUCAUGGUUUGUCAUGCAGCGGGUUGGUCGGAGAAAACUUUUUGUUACGGGACUUGGGAUUAUGUUCACGGUAUUGAUGUUGGUGGGUUUUCUGGGUAUCCCAAGCCAUACCACCCCGGGACUCAGCUACUCGUCGGCUGCUCUUCUUUUGGUGUUUGUUUUCACUUACGACCUGACGGUAGGUCCCGUCACUUACUGUCUUAUCUCUGAGAUUCCGUCCACUCGCUUGCGGAUCAAGAGUGCAGUUCUCGCCCGCAACUGCUAUAACAUCGCCAGCAUCAUCGCCAACUUCCUUAAUCCUCCCAUUCUCAACCCCACUGCAUGGAAUUUGAAGGGCAAAGGAGGUUUUAUCUGGGCACCUUUCUGCCUCAUUUGCUUUGUCUGGUCAUUAUACCGUCUACCAGAGCCUAAGGGACGCACUGCACCCGAGCUUGAUAUUUUGUUCGAGAAGCAAAUCCCGGCCAGGAAGUUUUCUAAGCUUAACGUCACUCCAUUUCGCUCUAACAACUUUGAAAUUAUCUCUGAUAGCACUGUUCUUACGGAGGAAAAAAUGACUUCAAAUUAA